AUGUUGCAGUCUAUGAUAGCUUCUAGGUCGAUCGCGUCCAAAAAUGGCAUAUUUUUGCCAUUUUUGAAUUGCUUGAGGGCUAUUUUUAAGGUCAAAGGACAAGAAGCUUUUAUAUCAUUUAAGGUUUCUUUGGCGAAGCCAGUCUUGAUUUUGUGGAGUUUUUCUAUAAUUUCUUCAAUAGACCCUGGGUUUUUGAAGGCUUCAUUUAUUUCAUCUUUAUGGCUUAAAUAUCUAGACUUUUCUCUAUCAGGGAUAGAAGAGAAUUUUUCUAUUGAUUCUUUUAUAGACUCAGCCGUAUUUAAAUCUGUCCAAAAUUCAGAUAAUCUCUCAGAUUCCAUAUAA